AUCGUUAGACUACGAUAUACUCAAAGCGGCGCUCCUCAAGCGAUUUGAUAUGACGGAGGACGGUUUUAGGAAACGGUUCAGGACAGGUAGGCCAGAGUCUGGAGAGACAUUUACACAGUUUGCAGUAAGACUAGAGAGUUAUUUUGUUAGAUGGCUUGAGAUGGGUCGUACUGAUAAGAGCUUUGAUGCACUUAAAGACUUGAUGGUUAGGGAUCAGUUUCUACAGGCUUGUGGUAACGAACUGACGCUUUUCUUAAAAGAGCGUAUCCCUUCGUCGAUUCAGGAAAUGUCGAGAUUGGCCGACCAAUAUGCCGAGGCCAGAGGUAACCCUACUAACUUAGUUCGUCCUAAGAUUGGUAAAAGUUCGUCGUAAGGAAAUCCAAAGCGCGAUCAAUCGGAUAGUGCGAAGCAAACAUCUAGUGCUUACCCAAGGGACAGUGUAAGGCAGUGUUACGUGUGCAAAAGUACUGAUCAUCUCGCGAACAAGUGUCCGAGAAAGGGGUAUAAGAAUCGCGUGAUGUCUGUUACGGAUAAACCAACCCAGACUGUAUCUGUAGGUAGGAAACAGAGGAGGAAGGAGAUCAAGCAGGAGGUUUCUGUUGAUGUGGAGGUGGAUGAUGGGGAAAGUCGUUUACAAGAUGGGACUCACAUGAAUGUAUCUUGUAACGUCCCGGCUCCGACACCUUGUAAGAUGCCAGUUGUGGAAGGCGUAGUUGGGAGUCAACGAGUUUCCGUCCUGAGAGACACUGGUUGUUCAGGUGUGGUGGUUAAAAGAAGUCUCGUGACUGAGGAUCAGAUGACUGGCGAGGUUCGUACAUGCACUCUUGCAGAUGGCAGUUCUUUGAAAGUACCAACUGCCACAGUAGUUGUGGAUACACCAUAUUAUGUUGGACCUGUAGUUGCCUGGUGCAUGGAAACCCCAGUCUACGACCUUAUCCUUGGUAACAUAGACGGUGCUAGAGCCCCAGAUGAACCAGAUUCAAGUUGGAAUCAGAGGAUGGCUGAUAUAGCAGUUGUUGAGACCAGAGCUCAGAGGAAACUUAAGGAACGACCUUAUCGUACCCUCAAGGUACCAGCGGCUUUGAAGGAGGUUCAACCAUCUGAUAUAGAAACAGCUCAACAGGAAGAUGAUAGUCUUGUCAAGAUUAGAGACAUGGUUACAAGUGAUGAGGUAAAGGAAAGACGUGAUGGUGGAAAAUCGAGAUUCUUCAAGCAUCGCGGUCUGAUAUACAGAGAGUACCAAAGCCCAGCAGUAGCAAACGGGAGAACGUUUAAGUAA